UCAUCCCCAAUGUUUUCAAUAUUUAUAAAAAUUAUCUUGAUUUUACCAAGUAUUGCAACUAAAACAAAUAAUAUAGACAUAAAAUCAUGGAGAUCUGCUCAAACUUUUGAUGGAUUUGGUGCAGUCAGUGGUGGAGGGGCGACUUCUAAACUUUUGUUCACAUAUUUCUCGGAGAAAAGUGAUAGAAAACAAGUUUUAGAGAGCCUUUUCAAUAAAGAUAAUGGUCUACAACUGCUGAAAGUUGAAAUGGGUGGUGACGACCAAAGUACUGAAGGCACCGAAUCAUCACACGAAUCCGAAAAAGGAAAGAUUUCAAAAAAUAAUUAUGAAUUUCAAUUAAUAAGUGAAGUUCGUGAAAUUAAUCCGACAAUUCCAAUUUGUGUACUUCCAUGGGCAUUUCCUGGAUGGAUUGGUAAUACGCCAUAUGAUAAUGUGACAGAAACUGCAGAAUAUGUUGUGAAUUGGUUGAAAAUCGGAAGAGACACCUGGAAUUUUGAUACAUUUUGUGUUGGAGUUUGGAAUGAGAGAAAUUUCUCAGAGAGCUAUGUUAAGGAACUUCGAAAAAUUCUCAAUCUCAAUGGUUUCAAUGAGACUCUGAUUGUGGCUGGUGAAGGAUUUCGAAUGGAUGACAGUUAUUCAAGACUUCUUGACAAACGAUUUAUCAAUGAAUAUGACAUUAUAGGAGUUCAUUACCCAGGCGGUCGAAUUCCUGAAAAUGUUCAAAAAAGUGGUAAAGUCAUUUGGGCAAGCGAAGAUUAUAGUACAGACAACAGGGACACCGGGGAAGGAUGUAUGGCGAGAACUAUGAAUUGGAAUUUUAUAAAUGGAAAUAUUACUGGAAUGAUUUCUUGGCAUUUAAUGUCUGCGUUUUAUCCUCAACUCCCUUGGUAUAGAUGUGGUCUCGCACGGAUUGAUGAGAAUAAGUUUCAAACUGAAAAAGCUUUUCAUGUUCUAAAAUACAUUACUUCUCAUGUUAAGCGAGGAUGGAAGAUUUUAAGAGAAAGUAGUGGUAGAUUUGAUGGUGGAGGAACAUAUGUCACUUAUACAAAUGGAAAAGAUUCCACCAUUUUUGUAGAAACCAUGAGUUACAAGAAAUCUUUAUGCGAAUAUUCAUCUCCACGGCCAUACCAUGUCAAGCCAAGUCAACUUAUUCGAUUUAAAUUCUCUGAAAUUCCAUCAUUUCAAGGAUUAAAUAUGUCAUUAAACUUUGGACCUUCAAAGUUCUUUUCAAAAUCUGUCAAUUCUACAAUUACCAUUCUUCUUCCUGUUAAUUCAUUUGGAAUACUCACUACACUUCCAGUUUCAACUCCGAAAAGAGUUACUAUAAAAACACCAUUGGUUCCUUUGAAUUAUCACGACGACUUUGAAAAUUAUGAAUUCGACGAGGAGCCAAAGUUUUGGAUGCCACAAAAAGGAUCAUGGGUGGUACGAAAUGGACGGGCGGUACAGAAAGUGACACGCCCAUCAAUUAGUUGGUGCACCUCACACAUUCGAACUCCAUAUGCAGUUAUGGCGUAUCGAAAGAAGAAUAGUAUUCUAAACGCCGAGGUCAAUAUUCCAAAACACUCAACAGCUAAAUCCAUCAUUCUAGGUAUAAGGAGUAAUUGUAGUGGAUGUGACAUAGAAGUAAUAAACUGUCGUGGAAUAUUUGUUGAGAUUGAAUUUUCAAAUAAAAAAGUAACUAUAUUUUCCGAUUUCGUUGACCGUUCAAUAAUUGCUGAAUUCAAAGCACGAAGAAAAGUAGAAUUUGGAAAGUUUUAUAAAUUCUCAAUUCAUUUACUGGACUCGCAUCUCUUCAUAAAAUUCGGAAAUCAUCAUGUGAUGACUUCAGUGGAAAUUCCAGAAGAACAAUUAAAUAAGACAAAUAAUGACACUUUAUUCGUGAUUGGCACUGGAAAUUUUGGCAUCUCCGAAUGGGAUAAUAUUUCAACAGAUUAUUUUCACUGAGGCUGAUUAAUUACAUUCAAAAAGUAUUUAAUAUUGCUUGGGCAUGUUUCUAUUAAAAUAAAUGUACCAUUUUAU